UGGAUUGGGAACCGUUUGCCUAAUUUACGGUCUUCCAUUACUUUCCCAAUUUUUCCUCGUUUUUAUUAGAGCUCGACGCGGGACGGGAUCUCGCGCGGGAUUUUGCGGGAGCCCCGCAAUCCCGCACUUUUUUCGAUUUGCGGGAUUUAUACCGCGGGAUCCCGUCCCGCAAACAUUUUUUAAAAAAUUUUAUCCCACGGGGUCCCGCAAACGCGAUUUUGCAGACCCUUAGUUUUUAUCUCCUCUUUCUCAUCGAUUAUAUUUUCUUAUCUUCAUCCACGUUUUUGUCUCCAUAUCCCAUCCCCCCCCUCCCCUCAAAUUUUCCCUCUAUAAAAAUUUAAUUGUCUUCAUCGCGUCUCUAAUUGAUUUUUCUUUUUGAUUUUAUAAAUUUUUAUUUUUUAGCUUCGGAAAAAUUGGCUAUUCGGCUUUGGCAUUGCCCUUUUUUGACCCGAUAAAAUGUCUGUUGUCGAGAAAAAAACUUUGGAUUACACUGUGGACUUUCCCAAACUUCCGGAUGCUCCUUCAGCAACUUCAACAAGUUCUAGCGUCCCUUCUGGUGCUUGGACUGGCUCUGCUCAACCGGCAAUAAAAUCUUCUGUUGUAACCGAGGCGUUUAAAUUAAGUGCUGAGGAACGUGCUUCUCAUGGUGGAAUUGGACGCCCUUUUGGUGGACCGGCUUCUGAGGAACAACAAAAAUGCAAUCAAAUAGCGCAAAAAACUGGCACCAAAAUCGAACUCAACGAGGCAAAGGAUCAGUCAAUCACGAUUUUGAUAACUGGAAAACAAAAGAAUGUUGAAGAUGCCCGAACUCGUCUAGUUCGUGAACUUCAAACACAGGCAACCGUUCGGCUUGAAAUUCCAAAGGAAUAUCACAGUUUUAUUAUUGGCAAACAAGGCUCUAAAUUACACCAACUUGAACAAAAAUUCCUUUGCCGAAUUCAUAUGCCCAAUCGUGAAGAGAAAAGUGACGUUAUUCGUAUUGUUGGCCCAAACGAGUUUAUUGUUGAAGCGGCAAAACAAAUUAAGGCUAUUGGAGAUGAAAUGGUUUAGUUUUUUUUUAUUUACAAGGAGAGGUUGCGAGGCAAAAACGACUCAAAAUCCUUACUAGAAAGGGCACAUUCUCUAUCGAAUGAUCCCGGUCUCGACCGUCUUUAGGCCGGACAUCUCGCAACCUCUUAGUAGUAGUAGCAGUUUAUUGUUUGUAGGAAUUUCCGGUAGGCUUGUAAUUCCUUUUUCUAAAAAUUUUCUUCUUUGCUGACUUUUCAGCUAUUCAUAAAGUCUUUUUGAACUAAGGUUGGGGAUCUUUGAUAAUCUUCGUGUCCACUUUCAAAAGCUAGGAACUCCGAAUUCAUUCCUUGAUUUAUUCCCGAAUCUAUUGUACUCAACUCUGUUGCUUAUCUAUUUAGUGUUAGCCUCCCUUUUAGAUCUGUUGCCUUAAAUCAUACAACAGACGGUCACUGAAGUUGUUAUUGUUUUCGUUAUUUACAUACAUAUUCCUUUUAUUUUUGCUGUUUCGAUAGUCACCAUUAAGUCUCCAACUUUUCUACUUUUGUCAUUAUUUGAAAAAAAUGUUCUCAUUUUUAGGCAAAACAAAAGACCGAAAAUCUGAAUAUUCCGCGUUCUUUUUACCCUUGGAUUCGUGGAGUGAACAAUGAAAAACUUGAUGAUUUAAUACAUCGAACUGGUGUUAAAAUAAAUAUCCCACCUAUCCAAGCGAAUAAUGAAACAAUUAUUAUUAGUGGAGAACGUGAAAGUGUUGACGCGGCUGUUGCGGAAAUUAAUCAUAUUUACCAGGAGAAGGUUCGGAAAUUUAUUUUUUCAUCCGGGGCUUUUUUUAUUUAUACAAAAUUUUUUUGACUCAUUUGGGUCGGAAAAGAAGUCUUUUCUCACAUAUACUCUAUUUUUAUAGUAUAGCCUUUGUAACGUUAUUUAUUCGCCAUUCCAUAGCAAGGGCGUAUCCAGGG